GUGAAGCUAGUUUCUUAUUGCACGAGCUGAGCUUCUGAGUCUUGGCUACUCUGUUUUUGAAUGUCUGCAUAGUUUUCUCUGACCUUUUUGUAAGUUUCAAACUGUCAAAGUAUUAUGAAACCCUAAUAUUUUGGAGCCAUCUCCGAGUAGAUUGCAGAGCUCGAAACCGUUGUCAAUGGCUGAAAACCAGGGUAACCCAAUUCGAUUUAUAUCGUCCACCAUCAAAAUCCCAACUAACGCCCUCUACACAGAAAAUAACCAAUCUCCGGUACCACUGCAGGGCUCAAAACCCUCGUUAAUGGUGGAAAACAGAGCCUGCCCAGUUCGAUUCACUUCAUCCUCCAUUAAAAUCCCCGAGUUCUUUCUCGGCCCCAAAACCCCAUUCUUCACCAACACUGAAAAGCCCAAUGAAUUCCUUCACAAACUGAACAAUUCACUUACAAAACCCCCCAAAUUCAAGCAUCUAAUGAGACCACCCUGCUUUAGUCCACAGAACCCCAUUGAAAUUCUACACAGUCUCAUCAAUUCAUUCACAAACCCCCUCAAAUUCUAUCUAUUAAGACCAUCCCCUCUCCUGUGUUCGGCUACUCUCUCUUCAAGCUUCGAGGGCCAGAGUCCUGGUGUUUUGGUUCACCAGAAGGGAUCACGUCAUGGUAGAGAAGAUCAAGAGAGGGUUUUGAUUAGCGAGGUUCUGGUUCAGAACAAGGAUGGGGAGGAGCUUGAGAACAAGGAGCUUGCUGGGGUUGCAGUCUCGGCUUUGAAAUCUUGCAGGCCAAACUCUGCUUUAACUGUUCAGGAAGUGCAAGAAGAUGUUCAUAGAAUCAUUGACAGUGGGUAUUUCCAGUCGUGUAUGCCUGUUGCUGUUGAUACACGAGAUGGAAUUCGCUUGAUAUUUCAGGUAGAACCAAAUCAGGAGUUCAAGGGGUUGAUAUGUGAAGAAGCAAAUGUUCUACCUACAAAAUUCUUAGAGGAUGCUUUUAGAGAUGGAUACGGUAAGGUUGUUAAUAUCCGUCAUUUGGAUGGAGUGAUAAACUCUAUAAAUGGAUGGUAUAUGGAGCGUGGACUAUUUGGAAUGGUAUCAGAGAUUGAGAUACUUUCAGGUGGAAUCCUUAAGCUGCAAGUGUCAGAGGCUGAAGUCAAUAAUAUUACCAUACGUUUUCUUGAUAGAAAGACGGGUGAGCCAAAUACUGGAAAGACAAGACCAGAAACUAUACUUCAGCAAUUAACUACCAAAAAGGGACAGGUCUACAGCUUGCAGCAAGUUAAAAGGGACGUAGAGACUGUUCUGGCAAUGGGAAUAAUGGAAGAUGUCAGCAUCAUUCCUCAGCCUGCAGGGGACACUGGUAAGGUUGAUUUGACAAUGAAUGUUGUUGAGCGCGUGAGUGGAGGUUUCUCUGCGGGUGGUGGAAUUUCAAGUGGGAUAACCAACGGUCCUCCCUCUGGACUUAUUGGAAGCUUUUCAUAUUCCCAUCGGAAUGUCUUUGGACGCAACCAAAAGCUGAACAUUUCACUAGAAAAGGGACAGAGUGGCUCUAUAUUCCGGAUAAACUACACUGAUCCUUGGAUUCAAGGAGACGAUAAGAGAACAUCCAGAUCAAUAUGGGUGCAGAAUUCAAGGACCCCUGGAAUGCUAGUACAUGGCGACCAUUCUCGCCACGGUGGAGUUACAAUAGCCCGCGAGACUGCAGGUAUCGAAUAUGGCCGGCCAUUUAGGCCAAAGUGGAAUGGAACUGCGGGUGUAAUUUUCCAGCAUGCAGGUGCCCGUGAUGAUGAAGGGAAACCUAUCAUUAAAGAUGCGUAUGGCAGCCCCCUAACUUUUAGUGGAAAUAAGCAUGAUGAUAUGCUGAUUGCCAAACUUGAGAGUGUUUACACUGGUUCAAGCGACCAUGGUUCUUCAAUGUUUAUGUUUAGCAUGGAACAAGGCCUUCCUGUUUUGCCCGAGUGGCUUUGUUUCAACAGAGUGAAUGCCCGUGUCAGGAAGGGCUUUGAAGUUGGCCCUGCUCGUCUUAUUAUGAGUUUGUCAGGUGGCCAUGUGAUGGGGAAUUUCUCUCCUCAUGAAGCUUUUGCUAUUGGUGGAACUAACAGUGUUCGAGGAUACGAGGAGGGUGCUGUGGGCUCUGGCCGUUCGUAUGCAGUAGGAAGCUCAGAAGUUUCUUUAUUGUUAGCUUUUCCCAUAUAUAUAUAUAUAUAUAUAUAUUUUGCUCUCUAAAACAAACGAGAGUGGCUUACUAUGAAUGGGACUUCAGGCGAUCCUGCUGGUGCAAGGGGAAAGCUUGGUAGUGGCUAUGGUUACGGAGUUGGCAUUCGCAUUGAUUCACCAUUGGGUUCUCUGCGCCUCGAGUAUGCCUUCAAUGAUAGGCAUGCUAAAAGGUUCCAUUUUGGAGUUGGGCUUCGCAAUUAACUAAUUUCUCUCUCCAAAAGUGGGAAAAAUUUUGGAUAGGUUCAAGGGCUUUUCUUUCUUGAUGCUUAUGCUUGAUUUGCAUGUCCUCCCCACCUUAAGGAGGUUUUGUUUAGGGGUUUUGUCCAUCCAUUUUCGUCAUCUUAGUCUCUCUCUCUCUCUUGUUUUAUUGGUUGAGUUCCAUUGGAGAAGGUUUCAGUGUUGCUUCAUGUUCCUUGCUGUGGCAACUAAGGCGGCCUUAAAAUGGGUUUGGGCAUGCGUAAAAUAGCCCAAGGUAUUUAUGGGGGCAAAGUUUUUAUUUAUUUAUUAAUAUGGGCUUCAGUUAGUUUAUCUUGUAUGUUCGUCCCCUUUGAUGCCCGAGCUGCACAUACAAUAGAAUUCACAGAUAAAUUAUAAUGCAGGAGCUCCUUGCUGGUUUUAACUCAGUUUUCCUUGUAUUUUUCUUAAUUCUUUUAUACAUCCAUUAAGAAACUUGGAAUUCAAUGAUGAUGAUGAUGUGUCAAGAAACUCAUAAUUCAAAUUUUUUGUAACUGAAAAUGCUGUUGUUCUGAACUCUGAGGUGGAAUCCGACGAUUUAGAUUGAGGAAA